GCCUGGGACCAUGGCCACGAGUUCCUGCACCAGGCAUGCGCGGAAGUAGGCGUGCCGCGGCCUGGCACGCGCAGGCGCACAGGGCUGCCCGGGCUGCUGGUUCCUCUUGGAUUCCCGGCUUCUGUCACCUUCUUCCCGGACCCUGGUCACGGCCGCAGGUGACCCCCUUCCCCCAGCCCCAGUGGGCGGGUGGCAGGAGCAUGGAGGACGCUGGCGGCGGCGAGGAGACCCCGGCCCCGGAGGCCCCGCGCCCCCCUCAGCUCGCGCCCCCGGAGGAGCAGGGGUCGCUCUUCCACGAGGAAACCAUCGAUCUUGGCGGAGAUGAGUUUGGAUCCGAAGAGAACGAGACCGCGUCGGAAGGCUCGAGUCCUCUCGCGGACAAGCUGAACGAGCACAUGAUGGAGAGCGUCCUCAUCUCCGACUCCCCCAACAACAGCGAGGGCGACGCGGGCGACCUGGGCCGAGCGCGGGAAGAAGCUGAGCCCGGAGGGGAAGGCGACCCGGGCCCGGAGCCCGCGGGCACCCCGAGUCCCACUGGCGAGGUCGACGGCGACUGUGCGCCCGAGGACGCGGCCCCCAGUAGCGGAGGGGCCCCGGGGCAGGAUGCGGCCCGCGAGGCCCCCGGCAGCGCCGCCGCGCGCCCGGAGCAGGAGCCUCCCGUGGCGGAGCCGGUCCCGGUGUGCACCAUCUUCAGCCAGCGCGCGCCCGCGGCCCCCAGGGACGGCUUCGAGCCGCAGAUGGUGAAGUCGCCCAGCUUCGGCGGCGCCAGCGAGGCCCCGGCCAGGACGCCGCCCCAGGCGGUGCAGCCCAGCCCCAGCCUCAGCACGUUCUUCGCAGACACGGCCGCCAGCCACUCCUUGGCCUCGGACUUCUUCGACUCCUUCACGACCUCCGCCUUCGUGUCCGUCAGCAACCCCGGCGCGGGCUCCCCGGCUCCCGCCAGCCCGCCUGCCCUGUCUGUGCCCGGGACCGAGGGGCGCCCCGAACCCGCGGCCGUGCGAGGGCCCCAGGCAGCUGCGCCCCCGGCGUCGCCAGAGCCGUUCGCGCACAUCCAGGCAGUGUUUGCGGGGAGUGACGACCCCUUCGCCACCGCCCUGAGCAUGAGCGAGAUGGACCGGAGGAACGACGCCUGGCUGCCCGGCGAGGCCACGCGUGGAGUCCUGCAGGCCGUGGCCGCCCAGCAGCGCGGCGCCGUGUUCGUGGACAAGGAGAACCUCACCAUGCCGGGCCUCAGGUUCGACAACAUCCAGGGAGAUGCAGUUAAAGACUUGAUGCUUCGCUUUCUGGGUGAAAAAGCUGCAGCAAAGAGACAAGUCCUCAAUGCCGACUCAGUGGAACAAUCUUUUGUUGGAUUGAAACAGCUAAUCAGCUGCAGAAACUGGAGGGCAGCAGUGGACCUGUGCGGACGUCUCCUCACAGCCCACGGCCAGGGCUACGGCAAGAGCGGGCUGCCCACCAGCCACACGACAGAUUCACUGCAGCUCUGGUUUGUGAGGCUGGCACUACUAGUGAAGUUGGGCCUUUUCCAGAAUGCUGAGAUGGAAUUUGAACCCUUUGGAAAUCUUGAUCAGCCAGAUCUUUAUUACGAGUACUACCCACACGUGUACCCUGGGCGCAGGGGCUCCAUGGUUCCCUUCUCGAUGCGCAUCUUGCACGCGGAGCUUCAGCAGUACCUGGGGAACCCACAGGAGUCGCUGGAUAGACUGCACAGGGUGAAGACCGUCUGCAGCAAGAUCCUGGCCAAUUUGGAGCAAGGCUUCGCAGAAGAUGGGGCCAUGAGCGGCGUGACUCAGGAGGGCAGACAAGCCUCUGUCCGGCUGUGGAGGUCACGUCUGGGCCGGGUGAUGUACUCCAUGGCAAACUGUCUGCUCCUGAUGAAGGAUUAUGUGCUUGCUGUGGAGGCAUACCAUUCGGUUAUCAAGUAUUACCCAGAGCAAGAGCCCCAGCUGCUGGGCGGUAUCGGCCGGAUUUCCCUGCAGAUUGGAGACACUUGUAUUCCAGAGGAGUUUCUCACAUAAUCGAAAUUAAGGAAGGGCAGAAGCAAUCGAUCUUCAAACAGAAGAAGCGUUAUAUUCAUACUUCUUAAAAUUACUUCACUGCAACUUAGAUUCCACCUCCUCAGACUCUCUUGACUUGGGUCUUAGAGGCUCCUCACUGGGACUUGGGACUCAGAGGGUCCUCAUUGGAACUUGGGACUCAGAGGGUCCUCACUGGGACUUGGGACUCAGAGGGUCCUCACUGGAACUUGGGACUCAGAGGGUCCUCACUGGGACUUGGGACUCAGAGGGUCCUCACUGGGACUUGGGACUCAGAGGGUCCUCACUGGGACUUGGGACUCAGAGGCUCCUCACUGGGACUUGGGACUCAGAGGGUCCUCACUGGGACUUGGGACUCAGAGGGUCCUCACUGGGACUUGGGACUCAGAGGGCCCUCACUGGGAGUGGGAAGGUUAGCUGUGGUGCACAGGUGCAAGUCCAGCAGCGGAGCACAGAUGAGGGGCCUGUGCUUGGCAUUGGGGCAGCUGAGCGCAGGGUGGUUCUGCAGUGUCUGUGGCGAGUCCCAGGCCUCGGUGUCCUGGACCAAAGGUCAGAGCCCAAAGUGAUCAGGCAGGAGAAAGCCUCAGCCACUGCAGGAGUGGUGGGAAGUCUGGGAUAAACCAGCUGCCCCAGGCAGGAUGAAGGGGGAUGGGAUGCAGGACCACUCAAUGCUAUGGCUGAGAGGACCUCAGCAAGAACCAAGGUCACCUCUGACUGAGUUCCCAGAGGACAGGGGCCUAGGGCAGGGUGGGGAGACGCUGAGGUGGAAGAGGGGAAGGAAGGGUCAGGGAGGCACUGUUAAGCUGAGAAAGACUUGAGCAUGUUUUACAGAGGGGCAUGACCCCAGGCUCCAGGAGGGAUGCGGGCACCGACCGUCUCAACCAGGAGGGUAGUUUUACACACACAGCCACGUACCAGAAUCCCUCAGGUUGUACAGUCUGAAGACAUGCAGGUUCCUGUACAUCAGCCAUAGAUCAACAGAGACAUUCAAACAGAAAAAGAAGAGACUCACUUCUGGCUGCCACCCUGAGCCGUGGAGUGUGCUGGCUACGGUCAGGGAAAGAGUGGGGAGAACGUCCCCCAGCCCCUGCCACCCUGUCAGGCCUCAUCAUCCUGAUGUGACACUAAAGUGCAAGGAAAAAGGAAAUGCAGGUAAAGGAGAUUUCACCAAAACUAAAAACUGUUGUGCUUUAAAGGAUACCAUA